GAAAAUGACUAAAUUUGCACGCAUCAUCUGCGUAGACCUCCUUCUCCUCUCUCUCUUCUAGGGAUCAAAAAAAUUCGAUUUCCAUUUUUUUUUUUCUCUCCUGAAAUUGAAAAAGAGAGGUGCGAGCAAUACUAAACAACCAUGAAUAUCUUCAGAUUAGCUGGUGACAUGACUCAUUUGAUGAGUAUUUUAGUCCUUCUUCUCAAAAUCUACGCUACCAAAUCUUGCUCCGGGAUUUCGCUCAAGACUCAAGAACUCUAUGCGUUGGUGUUUUUGACGCGUUACUUGGAUCUCUUCACCGACUUCAUCUCUGUUUACAACACUGUGAUGAAGUUAGUAUUCAUCGUGAGUUCACUAGCUAUUGUUUGGUGCAUGAGGAUGCACCGAGUUGUGAGGCGUUCGUAUGACAAACAACUUGACACUUUCCGUCACUACUUUCUUGUUGCUGCGUGUUUUGUGUUGGCUCUGAUUUUAAACGAGAAGUUUACAUUUCAAGAGAUCUUUUGGGCAUUUUCUAUAUACUUAGAGGCAGUUGCUAUUCUUCCCCAGCUAGUUUUACUACAGCGAAGUGGAAAUGUUGACAAUUUAACGGGGCAAUAUGUGUUCUUACUUGGAGCAUAUCGCGCACUCUACAUUCUCAACUGGAUUUAUCGCUAUCUGAAGGAGCCACGAUUUACUCGAUGGAUUGCUUGCGUCUCCGGUGUCAUCCAGACAGCUCUCUAUGCUGAUUUCUUCUAUUACUAUUUCCUUAGCUGGAAGAACAAUGCAAAACUUAAGCUACCAGCCUGACCAAGCAGAGAUGUGUUGAAAAAUCGACGUGUUGAGCUGAAGUAUUGUUAAAGUGUUUACUCGAAGUCUUUCAUAAACUCACUGCUAGCUGAUACUUGUGAAGAGGAUACAUGAUUUAUAGUUCUUUUCUUUUUUAUUAGAUUAAAAUACCCAUGUCCGAAGAGGUUUUAAUUUUUUGAAAUUUCUCCAGCCUUCUCAUUUCUUCUAACAUGCAAAGAUGAUUUUGGGAAGGCGAAUUCCAGAUCUGCCUAACAUCAUAGUUGGAUUUCUAAUCGGUAUAAAAUUAAUCAGAUUUUUGUCUCC